AUUGUCCUUCGGACACAAAUAGCAGACGGACUGGCCGCAAACAUUCUCGCAACGGGGAGUCAAUUCCAGUUCUGAAUCAUCACUCAGUAUCAUUAUUUCGGUUGAGUUUAAAAUCAAAACGCUGUUUAACACGACAUGGACCGAAGCAGAAACGUGGAGAAAAGUCACAAAGCAAAGAAGAAACGAGGACGAUCUCCGUCCUCCUCGUCUUCUUCAUCUGCGUCUUCGUCAUCCAGCAGCAGAAGUCGAAGCAAAUCGAAGAAAAAGUCACACAAAAGUCAAGGUGUAAAAACGCAAAGAAAGAAGCGAAGACGAAGCUCCUCUUCAUCAUCCUCCUCUUCCUCCUCGUCGUCGUCGUCUUCGUCGUCGAGCGAUGAAACGACGAAAACCAAGAAAGCCAAGAAGAGGAAGUCAAAGAAGAAGAAGGCCAAGCUGAAGAAGCAGCAAAAGAAGGAGAGGAAGAAGAAAAAACUGAAGAAAAGGAAGGUGGAGGAAGAGAAGAAACCAAAGAAAAGGAAGAUGGAAGAAAUACAGAAGAAGCUGAUGCAGCUGGCAGAGCCACCGAGCGUCGCACCACCCAAACCUUCGUCUUCCUCACUCGAGCUUUGGCAGAGCGACGAUGGAGGCGUGGAACUCGGCCCAGUGAUGACGGACGAGCAGAAGUCCCGGCUGGCCACCAGGAGGCCUCUGACCAAGGAGGAGUACGACGCCCGGCAGAGCGUCAUCCGCAGAGUGGUCGAUCCCGAAACCGGACGCACAAGGCUGGUGCGAGGCGAGGGCGAGAUCAUCGAGGAGAUCGUCAGCAGGGAGAAACACAAAGACAUCAACAAGCACGCCACCAAGGGAGACGGCAGCUCCUUCCAGAGAACGCUGGGACUCAACAGAUAGGAGGGGUUCUAGUCCACGCUCGGGCAAACCUGAACCACAUCAAGAGCCUGACCCGGCUGAAACCAAGUCGUUUUCUAGCGAAAAGUCAUACAUCUUUGCAAAUUUGUAGUCAUACAUUUGAAGUUGUGCAUUCCGGAAAAAAAGUCAAAACAAACGUUUCUAGAUAAGUCAUAUCGUUUUUAAUAAAAAGUCCCAUUAUUUUGGAGAA